GUUUUAGCCUCAGAAGAACUGUCCAUCGGCAACAUGAGGUUCACAACCUUCGACCUCGGAGGUCACACCCAAGCUCGUAGAGUUUGGAAAGAUUAUUUUCCAGCCGUGGACGCGAUCGUGUUUCUGGUUGACGCAAGCGAUAGAUCCAGAUUGCCAGAAUCUAGGGCUGAACUAGAUGCACUAUUGUCUGAUGAACAGCUUAGUGCUUGCCCAGUACUUGUCCUAGGUAACAAGAUCGACAAACCUGGUGCAGCGUCCGAAGACGAACUUAGAACUUUCUUUAAUCUCUACGGACAGACGACUGGAAAGAUGGAAAAAUAA